UGCGUUUCCAGCACGCGCAUCAUAAACCACAUAGUUACGACGUAACGAAUGAGAACAUGCUACCCCUCGGACUACUCAAUGCGGCCCAGGGCCACCCGAUGCUCGUUGAGCUGAAGAACGGCGAGACACUCAACGGACAUCUGGUUUCGUGCGAUACAUGGAUGAACCUCACACUCAAGGAGGUGGUGCAGACAAGUCCGGAGGGCGAUCGAUUUGUCCGGUUACCAGAGGUCUAUGUCAAGGGAAACAAUAUCAAAUACUUGAGAGUACCCGACGAGAUCAUCGACCAGGUUAGCGAAUCACAGAAGGGCCAGCAGGGCGGUUUCCGAGGCGGAAGAGGAGGACAGUCAAGGGGAGAUCACAGCGGUCGUGGUGAUCGCGGACGUGGUCGUGGUGGAAGAGGCCGAGGCCGAGGUCGAGGUCAAUGAGACAAUUACAUGGUUAACGAUGAUAUCUACACGUUGAACCAACGGUCCUAGAUUUCACAACACCUCACGACAAGGCAUAAUGGAGUCUAUGAUACCAAAGAGAAGAGGAGGACUGCGAAGAUCCUCUGGUAUCACCACAUGGACAUCUCAACUACCAGCUUGGUUGCGGCCCUAUUGGUGGGCUGUAGAAGCUCAGGAUGAGCUCUAAACAAGCUGGGAAGAAGAAUCCGGUCUAUGUACCAACAAUUAAUGACAUAUGUCUUCAAGUCAGCACGAGACAGAUUUCUAUUUUUAGUGUUGUG